AUGGCGUCCACCAUCAGAACCAUAUCCCCCUCAACAAACAAAGUCAUCUGUGAACGACCAGAGACCUCCCUUGCCGAGGCGCGCAAGAUUUCCCGGCGAUCUGAGGCGGCUUUCCAGUUAUUCCGGAAGCUCCCGCUCGCUAAACGUCGUGCCAUAGUCGAGAGGGGCCUGGCUGGCAUCCAAGAACGCAAGUUCGACCUUGGCCGUGAGCUCGCUGAGCACAUGGGACGUCCUAUUGCGGCGAGUCACAAAGAGAUUGAGACGAUGCAGAAGCGAGCUGAUUAUCUCCUUGAUAUGGCCGAAGAGGCGCUGGCAAGCUUGCCAGGACGACCUGAGACUGGCUUCCGGAGGGAAAUUAAGAAGAUCCCCGUUGGCCCUACGCUCAUUGUCUUUGCCUGGAACUUUCCUUAUCUCAUCAUUGUCAACGCCCUAAUUCCAGCGCUGCUGGCCGGAAACUCGGUGAUCCUGAAACCCUCGCCUCAAACACCACUCAUCGGUGAGCAUCUUGUCGAGAUAUUCAACAAAGCUGGCCUACCCAAGGAUGUUCUACAAGUCAUCCAGUCUGGCGACCCGCAAGCUCUUAAGGAGUUCGUUAAGCUGCCCGAGCUGGGCCUCAUCAGCUUCACCGGAUCUACAGUCGGCGGCCUGGCCAUUCGUGAGGCUGUGAGUGGUCGCACCAUUCCCGUCAACCUGGAGCUUGGAGGCAAUGACCCGGCCUACGUCCGACCGGAUGCCGAUUUGCAUUACGUCGCAGCUCAAUUGGUCGAUGGUGCUGUCUUCAAUUCGGGUCAGAGCUGUUGUGCUGUUGAGCGUAUCUACGUGCAUGCCGACGUGCAUGACGCCUUUAUUCACGAACUCAAGAAGGAGCUCAAGAAGUAUAGGCUCGGCGAUCCCCUCGAUAAGGACACCAUGGUCGGUCCGGUCAUUUCUCGCGCUGCCCAGGAGACUAUCAAUGCGCAGAUCCAAGACGCACUGACCAAGGGUGCUGUGGACGCGACCCCUGAGAAUGAGAGCUUCGCUAACGCAUCUCCUUCGGGCAACUAUGUCACUCCCAUACUGUUGACCGACGUGACGCAUGACAUGGAUGUCAUGCGCGAGGAGACAUUCGGUCCAGUCAUCCCUGUCGCGAAAGUCAAAAAUGAUGAGGAAGCAGUGCGUUUGAUGAACGAUAGCGACUACGGUUUAACCGCUAGUAUAUGGACCAAGGACAUCGCCUAUGGAGAGGAGUUGAUCGAGCAGCUCGAGGCCGGUACAGUUUUUAUCAACCGAUGUGAUUACCCGAACCCCGAUCUGGCUUGGACGGGUUGGAAGAAAUCAGGCUUAGGUUGCACCUUGGGACCUCGUGGUUUUGACGCAUUUGUCAAGCUGAAGAGCUACCACGUAAAGGAGGCACAGGCUUAA